AAAUAAAAUAUUUAUUCAUCCAAGAAAGUUCCCGAAAUCAGAAACUGAAGGCCUGCCCUGUGUUUGUUUUGGUGGAAGUGGAAAGUGAUGGUACAAUGGCGCGUACUUGACCUUGAGCACAAACUCCCAUUCUCUGGGGAUCUUCUUCGUCGAUGUCUCAUCCCUAUAACUAAUAAGAUUCACUUUUAAUUGCUGAAGAAGUGGAACUUUUCAGCGUUUUGCAGGGAUGAUUCCAGCGUUUGGAGUUUAACAUGUUUCUGUGGACUUCUCUGAUCUGAGCUUUUCUCAAACUAGAAAUUUCCAAGAAUUUUUGUAAUAUAUCGUUUCUGUUCUCAAUUUGCUGCUCAUUGCUUGUUCAACUGUCACUUGGAAAGCAAAAAAGAUGGGUGCUCUUUGCUGCUGUCCAUGUGGGGAUGAAUUUGACGAAUAUGCACUUCCUAGCAAUCCGAUGCACAGGCACUGCAUAUGCCUGAGAUUCUUUCUUCACCAGCUUUUCAGUGGGUAUGGUGCAAUGUUUCAAAGACUUGAUGCCCGUUCAGUUUCAUCACCUGUCCAUGGUGCUAACGUUUUGGCAUCAUCAGCAAUAAGUCCAACACUAUCAGAAAAUUCCUCAAGUGACAGUCAAAUCUCAGUGUCCAGGCCAUUAGCAUAUGAUAAUGAUCAGCGAUACUCUCGCUCACAGCGUGAUGGCUUGGUAUCUAGACGUGACAAGUCAUUGACUCAUUUGCAAGAGGAUUCACAACUAAGAAGAAAUAUGAGUAGUUCUGGAAUAGAAUCUCUGGGUUUCGGGAAGAAAUGGAAUGGAGUGGAUGCCGAAGAAGAUUGUAAAGUUUGCCACUCAGAAUCCUCGGAAAAGGCUUUAGCAACAAAAGUUGCUUGUGGACUAACUUACACUCAACCAUCUUCUGAAGAUGAAGAUGUCUGCCCUACAUGUCUUGAUGAAUAUACUCCAGAAAAUCCUAAAAUCACAACCCGAUGUUCUCAUCAUUUCCACCUUGGCUGUAUCUAUGAAUGGCUGGAAAGAAGUGAAAGUUGUCCAAUUUGUGGCCAGGAGAUGGAGUUCUGUGAAAGUCCUUAACAUUUGUGCCUCUGAUCCCAAAGCAAUACAGCAAAUAUAGCGGCAGCAACUGUCUGUAAAAAAGGUUGCCUUGUUUAUACAGGCAUGCAUAGAGUUAAGCAAUGGUUCACUAGUUCCUUAUACUUAAAUAACUUAUGAUGUUUGUCCAUGUUUUAAUGUUUGGAUGUUUUAUGUUUCAUGUAUAUAAUUCCACAAAUGGGUGUUGAAUCAUAUAAAAUCGUUGUAAACAUAAUUGUUGUGAAAUAAUCCUUCUUUCUCCUA